CAACACGUGCCAGCCGUAAACAAAAUGAAUUUCGUGUAAUUUCGUUUGAGCCUGUUGAAUGAGUUAAAUACAAAAAUGUCUCGUAUUAUUGUCAAACAGCUGCCCAAGCAGAUAAGUGAGGAUAAGCUACGCAAUAUAUUCGGCACCAAGGGAACGAUCACAGAUCUGCAGUUAAAAUACACACCCGAUGGCAAAUUUCGGCAAUUCUGUUUUGUGGGCUACAGCAGCGAGGCGGAGGCGCAGGCGGCCAUCAAACAUUUCAACAACACCUGCAUACAGACGAGCCGCGUACGCGUGGAACCCUGUGCAGCGCUUGGCAGCGAGGAGAAGCCCCAAUCCUGGAGCAAAUAUGCCAAGGAUAGCAAAAAGAAUCUGGAGAAGUUGAAGGCGGCACAGCCAGUGACGAAAAAAGUCAACGAGAAGAAAGAGAGGACAAACAAAGUUGAUGAAAUUCUGGCCAAGCACAAAGAUGAUCCGGCCUUCCAGGAGUUUAUGCAGGCUCAUGACAAGACGCGUGCGCUCUGGGCCAACGAUGCAGGCAUUGUUGCGGCUCAACCCGACAAGGAGACUGUGGACGCCCAGCCAGAAAAUAAUGAAAAAGUGAAGGAGACAUCAGAUGAUGAUGAUGAUAAUGAUGAUGAUGAGGAAGAGCAAGUGGAAGAGGAAGAAAGCCAGCCAGUUAAGCUCGCUGAGAAGCCCAUUAGUGACAUGGAAUACAUGAAAUCUCUGAUGGCAGGCAAAGCUGAAGCGGAAGCCAAACCAAGCACAGAGUCAAAGAGCAAAACGAAAGGAAAAGCCAAGCAGGAUAAAGCCGAUCUGCAGUUGUUCACCAUCAAGAUUCACAAUGUUCCAUAUAAAGCCAAGCGUUCAGAUAUAAUCAAGUUCUUCAAGCCCCUGAAACCUUACUCAGUGCGACUGCCCAGCAAAGUGCAUGGUUUUUGUUACGUGGGCUUCAAGACGGAGCACGACAUGGCCAGGGGCAUGAUGAAGAACAAAAGUUUCAUAUUGGGCAAGCAGGUGUUCUUUUCCGAUUUCACCGACAAGAAUCAGGUGACCAAGGCCAAGAAGUCGGGUGAAGCUAUGGACGCCAAUAGUAAUCCUAUAACCAAUGUCAACGCCAAGUGGCAACAGCAGCAGGACAGCCUGAGCCAUGAGGAGAACAUAUCCGAGUCGGGUCGUAUAUUCUUUCGCAAUUUGGCCUACACCACCACCGAGGAGGACCUGCAAAAGCUAUUCGAGCCAUUCGGACCUCUGGUCGAAGUCAAUCUGCCCGUAGACAAGGUGACGCGUCAGAUCAAGGGCUUUGGCACGGUUACCUUCAUGAUGCCCGAGCAUGCGUUGAAGGCGUUUAAUGCGCUCGACGGCACCGACUUUCAUGGCCGUCUGCUUCACCUGCUGCCCGGCAAGGAGCUGGACAAUGCCCAGGAGCCGGUGGAAGACAACGAUCCGAAUCUUUCAUUUAAGCAAAAGAAAGCGCUUAAGCUGAAACAGAACGCACAGAAGCCAAUCGGCUGGAAUACCCUAUUUCUCGGCGCCAACGCCGUUGCCGAGAUCCUGGCCAAGCAGUUCAAGAUGAGCAAGGAGCGCAUCCUGGACACCAGCGAGGGCGGCAGCAGUGCAGCCGUGCGACUGGCACUCGGCGAAACACAAAUCGUUGUUGAAAUGAAAAAGUUUCUCGAGGAGGAGGGCGUACGGCUCAGCGCCUUCGAUGAGCCCACGCAGAAACGCUCCAAGACUGUGAUACUGGCCAAGAAUUUGCCAGCGGCCACCGAGGUGGCUGAUCUGACGCCCAUCUUUAGUAAAUUUGGUCCCAUCGGACGCAUUGUGCUGCCACCCAGCGGCGUCACUGCACUCAUCGAGUUCUGCGAUCCCUCGGAGGCGCGACAGGCAUUCAAAAAGUUGGCCUACAGCAAAUUCAAGAAUGUGCCGCUCUAUCUGGAGUGGGCGCCGGAGGACACGUUCACCAAGACACUGAACGGCGAGGCUAUCAUACCCAAAACGGAGCCCAAGCCUGAGCCGGAGCCGAAGACGGAACAGGAGAAGGAGUUGGAGUUGGAGCAGAAACCAAAGCCCGAUCCCGUGGCAGAGGAUGCCGAUGAUGAGCCCGAGCCAAAUACUACGAUAUUUUUGCGUAAUCUUAACUUCAAGACUGUGACCCAAACGAUACAGGAGCACUUUCAGAGCCUGGGCACUAUACACACCAUCGAGAUAGCCAAGCGCAAGGAUCCUCAGAAUCCCAAACAGCUCAACUCCCUGGGCUAUGGCUUUAUCCAGUUCAAGCGGGCUGCCGUUGCGGCACAGGCCCUGAAGGACAUGCAGUUGACCAAGAUCGACGGCAAUCUGGUGGAGCUAAAGCGCAGCGAUCGCGUUCUCAAAACCCAAGACGAUGGAGCACGCCGCCGCCAGGUGGCACAGAAGAAGCAGACUGGCACAAAGAUUCUAGUGCGGAAUAUACCCUUCCAGGCGCACCAUCACGAGGUGCGCGACAUCUUCAAAGCCUUUGGCGAGCUGACCUCACUGCGACUACCCAAGAAGAUGACGCCCGGCGAGGAUUCGCAUCGUGGCUUCUGCUUUGUCGACUACACCACCAAGGCGGAUGCAAAGCGGGCCUUCGAUGCACUCAGCGCCAGCACCCAUUUGUACGGACGCCGUCUGGUGCUGGAGUGGGCCAGCAACGAGGAUCAGCAGGAUGUGGAGGAGCUGCGCAAGCGUACUGCAAUCAAAUUCGAUGGCAGCCAAGCGGCCGUCGAGGCCAAGCGUAGCCGUCGUGCCUACUUCGAUGUGGACAGCAAUGUGCCGCAGGAGACGGAGGACAACGAAGACGAAGAAUGAUGGAGUUACGUAUAUAAGUCCUAUAUAGAUGUUAUUGCAAUAGAUA